AUGGCAGCAAAAUAUAUAUCAAUUUUGGAAGGCAGAUAUGGGAUUAUCAAAGUGAUAGGAAAGGGGGAAUUUGGAGAAGUUUAUCUGGCUGAGAACCUCUAAACGGUAAUUUUUACAUAAAUGAGUUUAGAAACAACAAGUAGCAAUUAAGUAAGCAUUAAAAUCAGAGUUGGAAAAAGUCAAAAAAAGACAAGAAUUGUUUCAAACUGAAAAAAGAAUCAUGGAAAUGGUCAAUAAUGACAAUGUGAUUAAUUUAAAGGAUCAUAUCGAAACUAAAGAUAAGCAUUAUUUGGUUAUGGAAUAUUGUAAUGGAGGAGACUUGGAUUCCUAUAUCAAGCUACUUAGAGAGAAAAAUAAAUAGCCCCUUUCUGAACGAUAAGCUAAAGAAUUCCUAAAACAAUUACUCAAUGGUUUCAAAGGUUUAUAAGACUUGUUUGUCAUUCAUCGUGAUCUCAAGCUUAAAAACAUUCUCGUCAAUGAUGGAGUCAUUAAGAUUGCUGACUUCGGACUCAGUAAAGUUGGAGAAGUGGGAGUUACUUAAGUGGGAACACCCUACACCAAGGCUCCUGAAGUCUUCAAAGGCAGAGGCAGGAUUCGAUAUGAUAAUAAAGCAGACAUUUGGUCCUUGGGAGUUAUUUUCUAUCAGAUGCUAUUUGAUCUGUAAUAUCCUUUCGUGGGAUAGAAUGAGAAGGAUUUGUUUGACAACAUUGAGAAGGCCAAGGAUUUAAACUUCGCGCCUGCUAAAUCCAAUGUUAGGAUUAGCGAGGAUGCCAAGAGAUUGCUUAGAAGGAUGUUGACAAAAGAUCCAAACCUGAGAAUAACUUGGGAACAAUUGUAUUAGGAUCCUUAUUUGGAAUUUGGACAAUAAAAGGAUUUGGGACCCUUUGAUUAAUAUUACCAGAGCAUCAUGAAUAAGUACAAAAUGAUCAAAGAGUUAUAAUCAAAAAUCUAAGAAACUCUAGGCAAUAGUGAGAGUUUAAGAAAGGAUUACAAAGUUAUUAAAAAUUUAAAUUAAUAUUAUGUUUAGUUUAUGCUUGCUAAACGAGUAAUUAUUUUAUCAAGGAUAUUGGAAUAAUUGCUAUCAGAAUUAAAAAAUCAGUAAAAAUAACAAAGCAAAUCAUUGCAAUUGAUAAGCAAAGAAGUAUUUUUAUAUUAAUUCAAUUAGACAGAAGAACAUUACUAUGUUUAUUAGUUGUAUUAUGAAAAUACAAAAUUCAAUUUAGAGUCUUUUAUUAAUAGGAGAAAAAAAGAAUAAAAAGAUUUCGAUGAAAAGGUACUCAAUGAGAUGUAAAAUCCUAAAUGUAAUUGUUAUAUUAAAAAUAGAAAUGGAUUGGUCAUACUAUACUAAUAUUGUGUUGAACUAUUUUUAUUGUUUAUCCACCUAGGCUGAAAUCAUGGAAGGCUAAAAUGAAACCAAGGCACUCUAGUUCUAUGAUCACAUGAUUGAUGUUCUGAAGUGUUUAGAAAGUGAUGCAGCUUUUGAAGGAGAUAAAUUAAAAUUCAAAUCGCAAUCAGUAGAUUUUUUAAUCUAAAUUUAGAACGACGAACUUGAAUCCAAAUAAAAUAAUGACCCAAUGAUGGGAGAAUUUACCAAAGAGUAAUAUAUCUAAAUUUAGAAAAUGAAUGUAAAGGAAUUGUUUCAAAUCAUGUUAUCUGAUAAAUGAUAUAUUAUAUUAAUUUAUAAUGGAC